AUGAGGAACUCAGUCGCAUUGAGCCAGCCUGGGAUUCUACUUCUUCUGGUCACAUGUCCUCUGCUGACAAUCCUGCAUGGUGUAACCUGUAAGGCAGAAAGUGGACACUUAGGGGACAAUGAUCCUGACAGGUGUAUGAGACAUCAUUUUGUUGAGACCAUCACACAUCCUAUCUACAAGUGCAAUUCAAAGAUGGUUCUCCUGGCUCGAUGCGAGGGUCACUGCAGCCACACGUCCCGCUCAGACCCUCUGAUCUCUUUCAGCUCCGUCCUGAAGCAGCCUUUCAAAAGCACGUGUUUCUGCUGCCGUCCACAUACCUCCAAACUGAAGGCGGUACGUCUGAGAUGCUCGGGCGGGACACGGAUAACCGCUACUUACCGUUACAUCCUUGCGUGCAGCUGCGAGGAGUGCAGCUGAAUAAAUUUGUCAUGGAGAAAGACCCUCUGGCUGAAACACAUUUAAAAAAAAAAAAGUCGAAGGUACACUUUAUUGCUGAUGAUUCAGAGCAAGCAUUUUACGAUUCAUUAGCACUGCUGCAAUGUUGCCAACAACCCAUCAAGACUUCAAGAAGAAUCACGUCACGUGUAAAGCGGCGCAUGCACUCGGAUUUCCAGAUGUCGGCGCACCCAUCGCACCUGCGCAUGCGCUCAGCCAGUCAAUUUACUUUUAUUGCAUUCCAUUGUUUUGAUCACAGCGUGUGUAAAAUAGCGGAUGCCGACAACAAAAUUGUAAAUCUUGAAGGAAAUUUGAUGAAGCUGAAGGGGAGUUGCUUUGGCGGACUAUGUUUUACAAUAUCUGAGAGACUUGACACACAGACCAGGGAAGAAACGUUUGCAUAGACAAUGCAAGUGGUGAACUAUAAAAGUUUGAGUUAUAUCUAGAAUAGAAAUGAUGGUUCACCCCUCUAAUGUCUGGUUUAGAAUCACGUGACACAAUUUUGGGGUGAAUUGUCUCUUUAUGGUCUCUGGAUUUGCUCACGUUCCAGCAUACAUUUUUGCUCUAUUAUACUGGCUUAAUAUUUAAACAAUGAAAAAUACUCUUGUAACGAUCAUAUCGCCAAUUUUAGACUUUGUAAUCCUCUUACAGGUCUUUUACAGUGGGGUUCACAGCAAUCUACCAUGCCAGACUGUAUGUGGAAAAUGUCAGUGUUAAGUCUGUUUGUUUUAUCAUCAAAGUCCCGCAAUGGCUCAUGACACAUAAUAGCAGCAGGUUGUCAAGCUAAUCACGUACAGUUGUGAUAACUAUGAUGUUUGCAUUGUGGUAUUGUAAAGUAAAUGACAAGUACUAUAUAUAUAUAUAUAUAUAUAUAUAUAUAUAUAUAUAUAUAUA